GGAGCGGGGUGUGAUGCGGCACUGCGGCUCGGGGGCCGUUACUCCGGCUCCUCCAGAGAGGGCGGAGGAGGAGGCUGGAGCGCGGCGGUGAUUUUGUGCCAGGGCUUCCCAGAGGCGCGCUGAAAAGCCUGCGGGGCUCAGGAAACUGGGGGGUUAGGGACACCCAUUCAAGCCCCCACCCCCCGGGAGGGGAAGGGGGCUGGAGGCGAGGCUUGAGGGCGGCGGAGGGAUGGUGUCUGCUCGGGGGGAAGAGGCGAGCCUUGCCUGUCGUUGGUGAGGGGCUGCUGGCAGGGGAGGCUCCGCGGAUCGAAGCGGCUCCAUGCCCACUGGUGGGUGGAACGUGUUGAGCGGAACGCGGAGGUCGAGCCUGGCUGCUGCUCGGAACCCCUAACGUGGUAUCUAACGUGGUAUUUAAUUUAGCCCACGUUGGGAUUAAUUCGUUGCGGGCAGCUGCGCUGGUCUGGCUCCUUUAGAAGCUGGGCAACCUUGACGGGCUUUUUGUCUUGCUGCUCCAGCCCCCUUUCCCUUCCUCCUCCUCCAGAUGCCUUUUCUCUGCCCCUCCUCGCCCGGUACAGACAUUUCCAGCGCAAGCUGCCGCUCGUGGCUGCUGUCGAAGCCGCUUCUCGGAUUUUCGGCUCAUUCCCCUCUGGGGUGUUUUUUGAGGAGGGAGAGUUUUUCUCCCCUCCACGAUGGGAUUUUCUUCCUGUGCCAAAAUGGACUUUCAUUGAUUUCUACUUACUUCAACGUUUAGUGAUCCCUUCCCUAGGCGUAUUUUUGUGGUAGUUCCCUUUUUCAAAUACAUUAUCUGUAAAAUGGAGAACGAGAUUUUUACUCCCCUUCUGGAGCAGUUUAUGACCAGCCCUUUGGUCACUUGGGUUAAAACGUUUGGACCUCUCGCUGCAGGAAAUGGGACCAACUUGGAUGAAUAUGUGGCUUUGGUGGAUGGGGUAUUCUUGAACCAGGUCAUGCUCCAAAUUAAUCCUAAAUCGGAGAGUCAGAGAGUAAAUAAAAAAGUCAACAAUGAUGCCUCACUUAGAAUUCAUAAUCUUUCCAUUUUGGUGAGACAGAUAAAAUUUUAUUACCAGGAGACUUUGCAGCAAUUGAUCAUGAUGUCCUUGCCAAAUGUCUUAAUCAUUGGCAAAAAUCCUUUUUCUGAACAAGGCACAGAAGAAGUUAAAAAGUUGCUUUUACUUUUACUGGGUUGUGCAGUUCAGUGUCAGAAAAAAGAAGAAUUUAUUGAAAGAAUUCAAGGUUUAGAUUUUGAUACAAAAGCAGCAGUCGCAGCACAUAUUCAAGAGGUAACCCAUAAUCAGGAAAAUGUGUUUGAUCUGCAAUGGAUGGAAGUGACUGAUAUGUCUCAAGAGGAAAUAGAACCACUCUUGAAAAAUAUGGCAUUACACCUAAAAAGACUUAUAGAUGAGAGAGAUGAACAUUCAGAGACUAUCAUAGAACUCUCUGAAGAACGGGAUGGUCUUCAUUUUUUACCGCAUGCCUCUUCAUCUGCACAGUCACCCUGUGGUUCUCCAGGCAUGAAGCGAACAGAAAGUCGACAGCAUCUGUCAGUGGAACUGGCAGAUGCUAAGGCAAAAAUAAGAAGGCUUAGGCAGGAAUUGGAGGAAAAGACUGAACAGUUGUUGGACUGUAAACAAGAACUUGAGCAGAUGGAAAUAGAACUAAAAAGGCUGCAACAAGAGAACAUGAACUUGCUUUCGGAUGCUCGUUCUGCUAGAAUGUACCGAGAUGAAUUAGAUGCACUUCGAGAAAAAGCUAUCAGAGUGGAUAAGCUUGAAAGUGAAGUCAGCAGAUACAAAGAGAGACUACAUGAUAUUGAAUUUUAUAAGGCAAGAGUUGAGGAAUUAAAAGAAGACAAUCAAGUUUUAUUAGAAACAAAAACCAUGUUGGAAGAUCAAUUAGAAGGAACUAGAGCUCGUUCUGAUAAAUUACAUGAAUUAGAAAAAGAGAAUUUACAACUAAAGGCUAAACUGCAUGAUAUGGAAAUGGAACGUGAUAUGGAUAGAAAAAAAAUCGAAGAAUUAAUGGAAGAAAAUAUGACCUUGGAAAUGGCACAGAAACAAAGUAUGGAUGAAUCAUUACAUCUUGGCUGGGAGUUGGAACAAAUAUCCAGAACUAGCGAACUUUCCGAAGCACCACAAAAAUCCUUGGGCCAUGAGGUGAAUGAGUUAACAUCAAGCAGGUUAUUGAAAUUGGAGAUGGAAAACCAGAGUCUGACAAAAACUGUCGAAGAACUUCGGAGUACUAUGGAUUCUGCAGAAGGCAACACUUCCAAGAUCCUGAAAAUUGAAAAAGAAAAUCAAAGACUAAGUAAAAAGGUUGAAAUUCUUGAAAAUGAAAUUAUUCAAGAAAAGCAAAGUCUUCAGAACUGUCAGAAUUUAAGCAAGGAUCUAAUGAAGGAGAAAGCUCAGCUUGAAAAAACAAUUGAAACACUUAGAGAAAAUUCAGAGAGACAGAUUAAAAUAUUGGAACAGGAAAAUGAACAUCUGAAUCAAACUGUGUCUUCCUUAAGGCAGCGCUCCCAGAUAAGUGCUGAAGCAAGGGUGAAAGAUAUUGAAAAAGAAAAUAAAAUUCUCCAUGAAUCGAUCAAGGAAACAAGUAGCAAGCUAAGCAAGAUUGAGUUUGAAAAAAGACAAAUUAGAAAAGAAUUGGAACAUUAUAAAGAAAAAGGAGAACGAGCAGAAGAACUUGAAAAUGAGUUGCAUCAUCUUGAGAAAGAAAAUGAAUUGUUACAGAAAAAGAUAACCAACUUAAAAAUUACUUGUGAAAAAAUUGAGGCCUUAGAACAAGAAAAUUCAGAGCUAGAAAGAGAAAAUAGGAAAUUAAAAAAAACAUUGGAUAGCUUUAAAAACCUUACUUUUCAGUUAGAAUCCCUAGAAAAAGAGAAUUCCCAACUAGAUGAGGAAAACUUAGAACUGCGAAGGAAUGUGGAAUCUUUGAAGUGUGCAAGCAUGAAAAUGGCUCAGCUACAACUAGAAAAUAAAGAACUAGAAAGUGAAAAAGAGCAACUUAAGAAGGGUUUGGAACUCAUGAAAGCAUCUUUCAAGAAGACAGAACGCUUAGAAGUUAGCUACCAGGGUUUAGAUACAGAAAACCAAAGGCUACAGAAAGCUCUAGAAAACAGCAAUAAAAAGAUUCAGCAAUUAGAGAGUGAACUACAAGACUUAGAGGUGGAAAAUCAAACAUUGCAGAAAAACCUAGAAGAGUUAAAAAUAUCUAGCAAAAGACUAGAACAGCUAGAAAAAGAAAAUAAAUCAUUAGAGCAAGAGACUUCUCAACUGGAAAAGGAUAAGAAACAACUGGAGAAGGAAAAUAAAAGACUCCGACAACAAGCAGAAAUAAAAGAUACCACAUUAGAAGAAAAUAAUGUGAAAAUUGGAAAUUUAGAAAAAGAAAACAAAACUCUUUUCAAAGAGAUCAGUAUUUAUAAAGAAUCCUGUAUUCGUCUGAAAGAAUUAGAGAAAGAAAAUAAGGAGCUUGUGAAAAGAGCAACUAUUGAUAUAAAAACUUUGGUUACAUUACGAGAGGAUUUGGUAAGUGAAAAAUUGAAGACUCAACAAAUGAAUAAUGAUCUUGAAAAAUUAACUCAUGAGCUUGAGAAGAUAGGAUUAAAUAAAGAGCGACUCUUACAUGAUGAGCAAAGUACUGAUGACAGUAGGUACAAACUUUUGGAAUCAAAAUUAGAAUCCACUCUAAAGAAGUCCCUUGAAAUAAAAGAAGAAAAAAUUGCUGCUUUAGAAGCUCGAUUAGAAGAAUCCACAAAUUAUAACCAGCAGUUGCGCCAAGAACUUAAAACAGUGAAAAAGAAUUAUGAAGCUCUUAAACAGAGACAAGAUGAAGAAAGGAUGGUACAGAGCUCUCCUCCAACUUCUGGUGAAGAUAAUAAAUGGGAGCGAGAAAGUCAAGAAACAACUAGAGAGCUUCUGAAAGUUAAAGACAGAUUAAUUGAAGUAGAAAGAAAUAAUGCUACCCUGCAAGCAGAGAAACAAGCACUGAAAACUCAACUGAAACAAUUGGAGACACAGAACAAUAAUUUGCAGGCUCAGAUUCUUGCACUUCAGAGGCAGACAGUGUCGUUACAGGAGCAGAAUACUACUCUUCAAACCCAGAAUGCAAAGCUUCAGGUUGAAAAUUCUACCCUUAAUUCCCAGAGUACGUCACUUAUGAACCAGAAUGCACAACUCCUAAUCCAGCAGUCUUCCUUAGAAAAUGAAAAUGAAGCUGUAAUCAAAGAGCGAGAAGACCUGAAAUCUCUUUAUGAUUCUCUGAUCAAAGAUCAUGAAAAGCUGGAACUUCUUCAUGAACGUCAGGCUUCAGAGUAUGAGUCUCUCAUUGCUAAACAUGGAACUCUAAAGUCUGCCCACAAAAAUCUUGAGGUGGAACAUAAAGACCUUGAAGAUCGUUACAAUCAGUUACUAAAACGGAAAGGACAAUUGGAAGAUUUGGAAAAAACACUGAAAGUAGAACAGGAAAAAAUGCUGCUUGAAAACAAAAACCAUGAGACUAUGGCUGCAGAAUACAAGAAACUUUGUGGUGAAAAUGAUAGGUUGAAUCAUACAUAUAAUCAGCUUGUAAGAGAAACUGAAGUUUUACAAACUGACCAUAAAAACUUGAAAAGUCUUCUAAAUAAUUCCAAACUGGAACAAACAAGAUUAGAAGCUGAGUUUUCAAAGCUAAAGGAACAAUACCAACAGUUGGACAUCACAUCCACCAAGCUAAAUAACCAGUGUGAGUUGCUAAGCCAACUUAAAGGAAAUUUAGAAGAGGAAAAUCGACAUCUACUAGAUCAAAUUCAGACAUUAAUGCUACAGAACAGAACACUAUUGGAGCAGAAUAUGGAAAGCAAGGAUCUCUUUCAUGUUGAACAAAGACAGUACAUUGAUAAAUUAAAUGAAUUAAGACGACAAAAGGAGAAAUUAGAAGAGAAGAUAAUGGAUCAGUACAAAUUUUAUGACCCAUCUCCUCCUAGAAGGAGAGGCAACUGGAUUACUCUAAAAAUGAGAAAAUUGAUAAAGUCUAAGAAAGAUAUUAAUCGGGAACGUCAGAAAUCUCUAACAUUAACACCUACCCGCUCAGACUCCAGUGAAGGAUUUCUUCAGCUCCCCCAUCAAGAUAGUCAAGAUAGUUCUUCAGUAGGUUCAAACUCUUUAGAAGAUGGCCAAACUUUGGGGACCAAGAAAAGCAGCAUGGUUGCACUGAAAAGACUGCCCUUUUUGAGGAACAGACCGAAGGAUAAAGACAAAAUGAAGGCCUGCUACCGUCGUUCUAUGUCCAUGAAUGACCUGGUGCAGUCCAUGGUCCUAGCAGGAGGACAGUGGACAGGUAGUACUGAGAAUUUGGAGGUUCCUGAUGAUAUUUCAACGGGUAAAAGGAGAAAAGAAUUGGGAGCUAUGGCCUUCUCUACUACAGCCAUCAACUUUUCAACUGUCAACUCUUCUACAGGCUUCAGAUCCAAGCAGUUGGUUAAUAAUAAAGAUACUACAUCCUUUGAAGACAUAAGUCCACAAGGUAUUAGUGAUGAUUCUAGUACGGGAUCAAGAGUUCAUGCUUCAAGACCAGCCAGCCUUGAUAGUGGCAGAACAUCCACUAGCAAUAGUAAUAAUAAUGCUUCACUCCAUGAAGUCAAAGCAGGUGCAGUUAAUAUCCAAAGCAGGCCACAAAGCCACAGCAGUGGAGAAUUUAGCCUGCUUCAUGAUCAUGAGACUUGGUCCAGCAGUGGUAGCAGUCCAAUCCAGUACUUGAAAAGACAGACCAGAUCAAGUCCAAUGCUCCAGCACAAAAUGCCUGAUUCAUUAGAGAGUCGAGCACAUCACAAGAUCAAAACUGGUUCCCCUGGAAGUGAAGUUGUUACUCUACAACAGUUUUUGGAAGAAAGCAACAAGCUUACCUCAAUACAGAUAAAGUCCUCAAGUCAAGAGAAUCUUUUAGAUGAAGUAAUGAAAAGUUUGUCUGUUUCUUCUGACUUUCUGGGAAAAAACAAACCAGUUAGCUGUGGUCUGGCCAGGUCAGUAAGUGGAAAAACCCCAGGAGACUUCUACGAUAGACGGACAAGUAAGCCUGAACAAUUUGUGAGACCCAGUCCUCGAAAGACUGAAGAUGCCUACUUCAUUAGCUCUCCAGGAAAACCUACACUAGGCACUCAAGGAAAGAUAAAAUUAGUAAAAGAAACUUCUCUGUCACGACAAUCAAAAGAUAGUAAUCCUUACGCCACUUUACCUCGUGCAAGCAGUGUGAUCUCUACUGCCGAAGGAACUACUCGAAGGACAAGCAUCCAUGAUUUUUUGACCAAGGACAGUAGACUACCUAUGUCAGUUGAUUCACCACCAGCUACUGCUGAUAGCAGCAUCACUGCAGCAUCUAAUGUGGACAAAGUACAAGAAAGCAGAAAUUCAAAAAGCAGGUCUAGGGAGCAACAAAGCUCCUAAUUCUAUUACCCACUACAUGACAUGUGGGCCAAGUGAGAGAAAAGUGUCCUUCAGUUUCUCAGUGUGAAGCCUUUAUUUCUGAAGUAACAAGACACCCAACUAUAGGAAUCAUUUUAAAAAUCUUUAAGGAGACUUUAAACAAUCCUUCGUGACUAGAGCAGGCAAGAAAUACAAAACCUUCAUUCCUUCCUUGAAUCAAGGAGCACUACUGGAGUCAACUGCCAAAAUUUUUAGAAGGUUUUAGGACUUACUAUACAUUGUAUUGAUAAGAUCUACUGAAUAAAGGAUGUUCUCUCACUAAGGACCAAGUGUUUUAAGAUUCCAAGAAGUACUCCAAGAACAAUCUACUUCUUUCGUCAUUUGUUUAUGAAUUUAUCCAUGUUUGCUUAAUGCUUCUGCUAAGUAUUAGCCAAAAUCUAGCCAUUUAUAUUUAGUUGUGUAAAUCUAAAUUAAAUGCUGUAGUAUGUUGUGGAAUGUACUAUAUAUCAUGAUACAGAGAACAUUGUUUUGGCAUGUCAGAGCCUUAUUUGGUUAGCAGACUGCAUGUGUUGGUAUCCUUUCCUUUUUUUUAACCAAUUAUUUUGAUGCACUGCAAAAGAAAUUCAGUUUAUGAAGAUAAAUCUGAAAAAUAGGAGCUAUAAAAAAUUUACAGUAAUAUUAAUCUUCCCGUAUUCCCCUUUAAGCAACACUAAGCAUUCACACCUGGAUCCAAGGUAAUUAAAAAGAGUGUUUUUCUGAAACUUUUUUAGUAAGGUGGUUUUCCAGCAAAUUGCAUUCCCAAGAUAAUGCUGUUGUGUUUUAAAUUCAUUUCCCUUCUUUAGUAUUGGGUUAUGUAUGUGUGUUUGUUUUUUUAACAUGAGAGCUGACUGUUGCUUAAGAAGUUUUCUUAUGGCAAAAAAAAAAUGUAAAUAAUUUACUAUGAUCUGCAUUUUGCCAGGAACUCAUUUAUUUUUAAGGUUAUCACGUAUUAAUAAGAACUUUUCUGUUUUUGUCCUUUAUAAUAUUACAUUAAAAUUGGUAACUGUUAUUGGUACUUUUGAAAUAUUUGUAUGCAUUUGUUACCUUAAACAUCUGAAAGAAGCACAAAAAAAGUAGAUUUAGUUAACCCAGGGAAACAUCAGUUUUUUUGUAGCUCCAAUUUUAUAUCACAGUUUUAUUUUCUUAUGAAAUCAAAAAAUGCAUUGAUAUUAAUGCAAAUUCAUUAUUUAACAUAAAUAUCAGAAUAAUCUUAAAGGUCUGAAAUGAGAAAGAUAAUGACUUUUUUAUUUAAACAGUAUACUUCUUAGGCUCUCAUUACCAGCUCUAAAAAUCUUUUUGGAAUAAUUCCAUAUUCAUAGUGUGUGGUUUAGGAACUAUGUGUUUCAUCACUAACCUAGUAGCCAUGAGACUGUGUGUGUCUCUCCCACCCCCCUUCCCUCUCUCUCUCUCUCCCUCUCCCUCUCUCUUUUUGGUAGGCCAGUUAGCAGUAUUGUGUUCAUAGUCUACUUUCAGAAAGAUUUAAUGAAAAGAAAGACAGCAUGUAUAGUUGACCAGAAAUUAAAAAGCAAUUUAGAGAACUUGGGCUUACGUAACUUAAUGCCACCAUUAACUUAGAUUUUACCGCCAAAUAAUGCUGUAAAAUUAAAUCACUUUUAAACUCUUGGAUGAAAGGUGCUAUGUAAAUGUAAAUACAAAGGAUUCUUACUAAAAUACAACUAUUGCACAACAGACAUAUUUAAAACUUACUCUCUAGAUUUUGAAACAUCUCUCCAUCGUGACUCCCUAGAUUCAAGUAUCAAAUUGAUAAUGGGCAUCAUGGCAGUCUAGAGAUACUUGCAUGUAAAAAAUGUAAAUUCAUUUUUAGGUGGAUAAAUUGAAAGUAAAUAUAGAAGUUAUGUUUUAGCCAAAUACAGUAAGUGGGUAACUUAGAUUUAUAUUAACUAGCAUCUAAUUUGCACAACUAGGACACAUCCCAGGACAUUUACUGCAAGUUGGAAUUUAAUGAGUAGGAAGUGGCCCGGUGACAGUGAAUCAUACCACAACUUGACCUCUCCAGAACCCUAAUGUCCUAAAAUAGAGAACCUGUUGACUUAACCAGCACAUUAUUGCUUCACGUACAACAUGCUUAGGGGCAGCCUAUAUAGUACUGAGUCUAAGGAGGCUGACCCUGAGAAAGUGCAGUUAGAGACAAAGGGGGAACACUUAAAACCACGAAAGUAGGAAUAUUCUCAAUUAUAUUCAUCACCUUUUUCAUACCAUUUCAAGAAAGGACUAGAUAAUAACCUCAUGAAUAUUUUACUUUCUCCAAAAGAUUCAGAAGCAAACUUAGUAGGAAGUCACUCCUUUCCCUGAUAAAUUGCUUCUGCCAAACAAAAUAGUAUGGCUACCUAGAAACUUACUGGGGCCACUUUCCUGACUGGGGUCUGCCAUGCUUUUAUCUGGCUGUGUUCUAAAUCAAUACCCAACCCCCCACUAGGAAACUGCAGAAUUAAUAUACAGGGUAAUAGCUUCCACAAAGAGCUCCAAUAAAGUGCUUUCAGAUCUGGCAAUGUGGAAAGGUUUGGUCCACAUUUUUGAACUGGUGGUUACCAAAGAGUUCAUGUAACAGGUUUGUAUGUAGCACCUUUCAUGCAAGGCAUGGUAAGAGCCUAUUAAAAAAUCACUGUGCAUAUUACAGAAUUGCAGCCACCUCACAAAUGAAGUAUUACAGCCUGCACUGUCUUAACAGUUUAUGUCAGGAAGUGAAAAAGAUACUGUACCAAACCUGGAAUUACAAUGAGGAGUAAUGUAUGCUACAUGACUUUGUAUUUUAAGUUACUUUUACGAGAAAAGUGAAUUUUUGUGUUUUUCUUUUCUGCUACACUUCGUCCUGAGAUGUAUUUUUUCUUUAAGCCUUGAAUGAGUAAUACAAAAGGAGCCCAUUUUGUGAAAUAAACCUUGAUGUACAUGUUGAGAUAUUUGGACAACAAUGAAAAUGCCUUAAAAGGAAUGCUUAUGGAUAAAGUUGCACUUAUAACACCCUUUAACAAAACCUGAUUUUAAAUUGUCUUUUUCUUUUCUACUAAGGGUUCUCUUUCAAUGUUUGCCAUUGUACUUAUAAUUGUUAUUAAAUACCAAAUCAAAUAAUAUAAAUCUGUAACAUUUCCUUUAAAAAUAAUGCUACUGAGGGAUCUGGAGUUGAAUGGCAGUGAUUAUUACUUGGUAAUACCUAUUAUCAGCCACAGGAAGCCAGUUCAAAACAAACCAUCAUUGGUUUGAUUUGCUUUUAAAAACAUUUCAUUAUUUUUCAUUUUAGUUUUUAACUUUAUUACUCCUAAAAAAUUAAGUUGGUUUAACAUUCACUUCAACUAAUAUAAAAAUAAAACAAAGAGGUGAUUUUUAUAACAAGUGGUUAAAAUCAUUUAAAAACUGUAACAUAUAAUCUAGCUAAGUAUUAUCUUUCCUUUGCCUUUGCCCUGGAAAACGUUUUUUCAGACCUAACCCAUAGCCUUGUUUAGAUGAUUCUUUCUAAAUCUUUUAGGGAUGAGUAUUGGUUUGGGAACAGAAUGGAAUCUUACCAGUUCUGUCAAUCCCCACAUAGGUUUAAAUACAAUAAUAUAUUGCACAAAGCAGUGUCUUUCAUUUUCAUUUAUAGACUUUGGGGAGGCAGAACGUUAGAGGAGGCAACCAGUUGUGUAUUCUGGGGCAGGUUAGUCUUUCUGAGACUGUUUUCGUUAUAAGAUGGGAAAGGCACUGUCUACUGUCCUCAAUCUUUGAUUCUAUUCAUGAAACCUUCAUUUUAUGUGCAAAGCAACCUAAAAUUUCCUCUUAGAGAUGUCGUAAACAGCAGGCAAAAAGUAACAUGGCGCCUUAGAAUAAGUUAUCAUUUAUGGACAAUAUUUACUAACUCCACAGCUCUUAAAUUCAUUCUUUAUAGAAAAUCUGCCGUGAGUAGACUUAUAACUUCUAAUCCUAUGUAUCAAGAAAUAACGUUUUUACUUAUUUUGCCUUUUAGUAACACAAAUUGGUUACACUAUCACUACCAGAUGGAAGUUACUUUUGAGUGACCAAACUUAGUAAAAUAUGGUUACCUCACGACUAUCCCUUUUGCUUGUAAGAGAAUUUUCAUGAUGAGAUCUCUAGACUAUUUCUGUAGUAUAGUCUACCUCAGACCUUCAACUAAUGGUUUUGUUUUAAGCGAAAAAGUAUGUUACUCCACAAUUCUGAACUAGCUUCUAUAUAACUGACAAUAUAUAAUCCUGAGUUCUUACACUGUUUCAGAUGCCAUAAUUGGGCAGGGGAUAAGUAAAAUUUAAUACAGCCUACAGGACAGAAAAAAUUUUUCCAAGUAUGGUCACAUUUCUAACCUCUCAAAAAGAUUAAACAAAUCUUUCCUUAAUCCUCAUUCCCCAAAGAUAACCACCAUCAACAAUGUAAUAUAUUCCUAUAUUGCUUUUUAUUUUUUCCCUGUAUGUACAAUAUAUGUAUAGUUUUAUAUAUGCUGUUUUUGCAAGUUGCUUUUUUCAAGUACAGUAAACACCCUAAAAUGUAAGAUAAUCUUAGCUAGCCUUAGUUUUGUUGUUAAUCUACUCUUAAUUAAUUGUUGAAGGCAUUCCUGUAAUGAGUAGUGCUCAUGGGGGAUGGGAGGUGGACUCUGAACUGACUAAAACUACCUCAGUAUAUCUUUUUAAAAGCAGCUGCUUUUUAUAGGGCACCUGGCCGGCUCAGUCAGUAGAGCAUGUGACUCUGGAUCUCAAGGUUGUAAAUUUGAGCCCUACC